GCGAUGUGGGCUGUGGGCUUCUGGCGCGCGGCGGCCUCGGCGGCCCCCCGCGGACGCCGCGCACACUCGGCGCUGGCACAGCUGAGCGGCAUCCUGGAGGCGGAGCUGGAGGGGAUCCGCGGGUCUGGGUUGUGGAAGGAUGAGCGGGUCAUCGCCUCCCCGCAGGGCUCGCACAUCCACGUGGACGGCAUCCCCGGAGGAAUCCUCAACUUCUGUGCCAACAAUUACCUGGGCCUGAGCAGCCACCCCGAGGUGAUCCAGGCAGGUGUGCAGGCUCUCAAGGACUUUGGAUCUGGCCUUAGCUCUACUCGCUUCAUCUGUGGGACUCAGACCAUCCACAAGAAUCUAGAAGCCAAGUUAGCCCGCUUUCACAAGCGGGAGGCAGCCAUCCUUUUCCCCAGCUGUUUUGAUGCCAAUGCCGGUUUCUUUGAGGCUCUGCUGACCCCCGAGGAUGCAGUCCUGUCAGACGAGCUGAACCAUGCCUCCAUCAUCGAUGGCAUUCGAUUGUGCAAGGCCCACAAGUAUCGGUACCGCCACCUGGACAUGGCUGAUCUGGAAGUCAAGCUCCAGGAGGCCCAGAAGCACCGGCUACGCCUGGUGGCCACCGACGGAGUGUUCUCCAUGGAUGGUGACAUUGCCCCCCUGCAGGACAUCUGCCGCCUGGCCUCUCAAUACGGUGCCCUGGUCUUCGUGGAUGAGUGCCACGCCACUGGCUUCCUGGGGCCCACAGGACGGGGCACAGAUGAGCUGCUGGGCGUGAUGGACCAGGUCACCGUCAUCAACUCCACUCUGGGGAAGGCGCUGGGGGGAGCAGCAGGGGGCUACACCACAGGGCCUGAGGCCCUGGUGUCCCUCCUCCGGCAGCGUGCCCGGCCCUAUCUGUUCUCCAACAGCCUGCCACCUGCUGUUGUUGGCUGCGCCUCCAAGGCUUUGGAUCUGCUCAUGGACGACAACAGCACUCUCAUCCCGUCUAUUGCUGCCAAAACGCACCGGUUCCGUAGUAAGAUGCAGGCUGCCGGCUUUACCAUCGCGGGAGCCGAUCACCCCAUCUGCCCUGUCAUGCUGGGGGAUGCUCGACUGGCUUCCGGCAUGGCGGAUGACAUGUUAAAGAGAGGUAUCUUUGUCAUUGGAUUUAGCUACCCGGUGGUCCCAAAGGGCAAGGCCCGAAUCCGGGUACAAAUCUCAACUGUGCACACUGAGGAGGACAUUGACCGCUGUGUGGAAGCCUUCGUGGAGGUGGGGCGGCUGCAUGGCGUGGUGCCCUGAGCCCUGGGUGGGCACCAGCAGAGCCAGGAUCUCUGCUACCUCCGGGACAAGGAAGGCUUUUUGGUCAGGUUCCGUGGCUGGACUUGUCUCGGGAGAGGCUUGAGCGUGUGGCCGUGACAGUUUGAAACAACAGUGUGAAAAUGGCUGUGA